AUGUCUGCCCCCCCUUUACCAGAAGGCUACGCGUUCAGAGCCGUCCAAAAGUCGGACUACACAAACGGCUACAUCGAAACCUUAAAGGUGCUAACCACCACCGGUGACAUUUCCGAGGCUCAGUUCCACAAUUUGGUGCAGCACUGGGAAACCCACUCCCACAUUUACAAGGCCCGGGCCAUUACGGAUGCCUCUGGGAAGAUUGUUGCUACGGGCAUGUUGGUGGUUGAGAAGAAGUUGAUUCACAGCUGUGGCUCUGUCGGGCACAUUGAGGACAUUGCGGUGGCGAAAGAUCAGCAAGGGAAGCAGUUAGGGAGGAUCUUGAUCGUGAGCUUGACGGCGUUGGCUAGGGACGCUGGCUGCUACAAAGUCAUCUUGGACUGUUCUGAGCACAACAAGCCGUUCUACGAGAAGUGCGGCUACAAGCACGAAAGCUGCGCCAUGGUUGUUAGAUUGUAA